AUGGCGUAUUCAUCAAGCCAUUCAGCUCCUCCCGAAAUAUCAAUAUUAUUCAAACAGGAACCGCCUCUAGGUAAAAAACAAGUGACCUACAGGAUUCCAGCUCUCAUAUAUAUCAGUGACAAACAAACCUUCCUUGCCUUUGCUGAAAAGCGGAAAACCCCAAGUGACACAGAUGCAGAUGUGCUUGUGAUGAGAAAAGGAUUGUGGAAGAAUGACAAUCAAGUUGAGUGGGUCAGUGAUCAACAGGUGUUCACUUCAGCUUGUCUACCAAACCAUCGAUCCAUGAAUCCAUGUCCGGUCUAUGAAAGAGAGUCCAAGACCCUCUUUCUGUUUUUCAUUUGUGUACCUCUUGGGGUCUCUGAACGGAAACAAAUAAAAGAGGAUAAGAAUCAGGCACGCCUUUGUUACAUAACCAGCAAGGACACUGGUGAAACCUGGAGUGCUGUUAGCGACUUAACAGCAGAUGUGAUCGGUGAGCAGGAGAAGAACUGGGCCACCUUUGCUGUUGGACCAGGACACGGUGUUCAAAUGAAGAGUGGCCGACUGAUUAUUCCAGCAUAUGCCUAUCGCUACACAGACAAACCUGUCUGCAUUUUAUGCUGCUGCUUAUCAUUUUGCACACCGUAUGCUUUAGCUUUCUACAGUGAUGAUCAAGGAAUCACAUGGAAGGCAGGACAACAAAUGGACGUUGAGUCAUGUGAGUGUCAGAUGGCAGAGAUUGUAGGUGAGAAAGGUGAUAGUACUCUUUACUGCAAUGCUCGAACCCGUCUUGGUUACAGAACUGAGGCUCUAAGCAACAACGCUGGAGAGGACUUUGACACUGUUUUAUCCUCAAACAAGCUGAUAGAGACUGGUAAGGGAUGUCAAGGCAGUGUGUUGAGCUUUCUUGAACAAAGUAGUCCUCCACAAACAUGGCUGCUCUACUCCCAUCCAUCCAAUCCAAAAAAGAGAGUGGAUCUUGGACUCUACUUGAAUAAAUCCCCAUUGGAUUCCUCGGGGUGGUCAGAUGAACCUUUAAUGAUAUUACAUCAUGGUCCCAGUGCAUACUCAGAUCUGGUAGAGUUUGAGCCUGGACACUUUGCUUGUCUCAUGGAGUGUGGGAAGGAAUACGAGAAUGAAGAAAUAGCCUUUUUGCUCUUCAAACUCCCUGAGAAAAAGCUGUAA